AUGUCUGAAAAGUACGAGGGACACGGCAAAGCCAAGCUCAGAGAAGUACCUGGCAAGACUGUGGAUAACAGAGGGUCCGAUUCCAGCCAAAUUCAAAACGGGAAAAGGAUGAGGACAGCUUUCACCAGCACCCAGCUCUUGGAGCUGGAGAGGGAAUUCUCGUCCAACAUGUACCUGUCCCGGCUGCGGAGGAUCGAGAUAGCCACUUACCUGAACCUCUCUGAAAAGCAGGUGAAAAUCUGGUUCCAAAACAGGAGGGUGAAGCACAAGAAAGAAGGCAAAGGCGCCCAGCGAAACUCGCACGGGGGCUGCAAGUGCAGCACCAGCCAGGGGCAUUACCCCAGGUCAGAGGACGAAGAGUCUCUAUCCCCCUCAUCGGCUACCGAGGAUAAAGAGAUCUCCCCGUUAUGA